CCGUUUACAUUUUAUCAGUUUCUCUGUUGAUUCAAAAUCCUGCUAGUGCGCAUGCGCGUUAACGUCUGUGGCCACCAGCACAAUAUGGAUUCAGAGGAGGAUGCUGCAAACGUAAACAAAACCUCUGCGGAGAUUCCCAGUCGGCAGCAUGGACAAAAUAUGCAUCAUUUAGAGGCUUCCAGACAAUGCACAGAUCCUGACAAUGUUGGAAUUCCAUUAAGUGACACACAUGAUUCAGUUGCACAGCUCCUGAUAAACAGAUCUGGGACUUCACAACUACUAGAGUUUCAGGAUAGUCAGCUGUCACCUGCACUAGCCCUGCUGCCCUACCUGGACAAAUCCCAUCCAUUUUCUGAGUCCACAUUUUUUCAUCAUACAGAUGCAGAAUUUGUUCAACUCCGGGGAUUUCCUGACCUCUCCGUUAUCUCUGAGAGGUGUCCCAGGAUCUCACAUGUCAGUGCAGCUGAUGUCUCCCACCUUCAUGAGACUACUCAUGACCAGGGAAAUCUGUCCCAGCAUCCUUUAGAGGCACCUACAGCUCUAUCUGAGGCUGAAAUUAGCUGCUGUUCACUUUCCCAGCACAGCCUGUCACCUGGAGACCAUUACAAGGAACAAGGGGUAUGUGAAGCUGAGAACAGCAUUGACAGACAUAUGGAAGGAGAAGAGGAGAGUGCCUCUCAGCGGACUGCUGCACUGUCUGUCGUAAUAAGCAGUAGUGCCGUUUCCUCUGUUUCUGAGACUGUUCGCAAUCAGCCUGAUCUUACCUCAAAUCAGCCAAAUACAACUGAAAGCCAAUUUGGUCAAACAAAUUUGCCUGCACCUUGCACUCCUGUUGAAGAGGAAUUGCAGUCUAGCAGCAGAGAGCAGCCACAAGGAGGCUCAUUGUCUUCUUCAUAUCAGAGAACAAAAAGUUCAGACGCAUCAAACAUUACUAUUCGCGAGUCUCGGAUGCGUUCACAUCGAACAGCUGACCAUCUUCGUGAUCAGCUUCUGUCUGAGAUACAUAAAGGCUCAAUCUCUGAACCUGGAAGUAGACACCAUACUGAGAACAGAAGUGGACUAUAUGUCACACCAGCCAGUGCAGGUGGUAUGCACUUCCCAGGCCUGCAUAGAGUGGCGUGGAGCUCAGGUAAUCUAACAACAGCAGAUGGGUCAUUCCUAAGCGCCCAUCCUGUGUCUCAGUCCACCCCUGCGGUACCCUUUGUGAGACCCCCUCCAGCACUGACCAAACUUUCUCUUGUACAUUCCCAAGAAGAGCUUGUUUCCUCUGUAGCUACAUCAUCUCAAGAAAGUCAUAGCAAAAUGGGCUUAAUACCUUCAUUGGAUUUAAGUGUUGUAGGUGAACAUUCCUCAACCACGUGUCCUCAAACAAAAGUCCCCAGGGGACCUUCAUUAGACUUAGAAACUACUCAGACAGUGCACACACACACCAUCUCUAAAGAACCUGUCCCUGUUUUAGGUCAGCCUGCCUCUGAUUCACCCUCCCCAAACAGUCAGUCUUUUUACUCUAGUACAAAGCUGAAAGAUCAGGUUUCUCAUUUGGCUCUUGGGAGAGUACAGUCUCUUCCUAGUUUGAGCUACUUACAAAAAGUAGAUGCCUGGACAACCAAUCAAAGUCCCAGGAGGUCAUUUUAUGACAAUUUGGCACUAAAGGGAUUUGAUGGUGUGCCACCCCAGAAGAACAAAACACAAGAUGCAAUAUCUGAAUCAGUCCAUCACAUGGUUUCUCAAGAUAUCCGCCAGCCUCCAUUUACUCAGGCACCUAUUUCUUCCUCUCUGUCUGGAAGUGGCUCACCCCGUCGGAUGGAUGUUAUUGGGGCAGGUGUAAAUCAUUCUCACUCCUCAAUGAGCUCCGUAGUAACCUCCAUCCAAAGAAAUGCAGAUUCACACAGUCCGCAAGUCCCAGUAGCACAAGCUGAUGACAUAAUUUCAGCUACCAAAUCAUUGAGCAACCCAUCAUCCUUACCUUUAGGUAGGGGUGAAGGAGGGAAUAAUAGUUCAGCUACUUUGGGGGAUAAAAGCUCGGUCAAUCCCUCCCCUCUCAUCAGUCUUGGUCGCUUUAGUGAUGUAUCAUCAAGUUUCAACAUGAGCAGCACUCUCUCCAGCUCUCAUGGCAGUGGCAUUGCUGAGCAGAAUAUGAGGGCAUCAGUAGGAGCUGCUUCAUCUGUAAUGAGUCUUGAGGUUGAUAAUUAUGCACCCUACUGGACUUCAAGACCUGCAUCUCCACCACAAUCCAGGGAACUCAACAUUGAAGAUAGGAUCCCUCUGUACCUCCUAAACCUGGGAAUCGAUCAAUCACCUUCAACAAUCUUAAAUCCAUUUACUCGUGGAGGACCAAUCAGGGAACCUGAAUUUUCUCCCACUGACCUGUGCACUAUCAAAGGCUCAAUUGGAACGCCAACAAAAAGCACACGGCAAUCUGAAGUUGACAGUCCUCAAAAGGAGGCAUUCUCCAGUUCCAGUCAAGUCUCAACUGACUCCAGUGCUUCUGUCACACCCCGCCUGUCAGUGCAUGAGCAAGGUCAAACAACCAGUCAGCGAAGUGUGGGGACGAUAUUGAGUCAUCCAGGUACUCCACCAAGACUUCAUUCAACAUUACAUCCUUCAUCAAGCCUACAACAUUCUGAUGCUCCACAAAGUGAAGGUAGCUUUGGCCUCUCAAACCAGUUCAGCCCAGAUUCUCUGACUCCUCCUGUGCCCAGAGAGGAGGUGAAGGACGAUUCUUUUGUGGGCUCUGGCACACUGCAUGAAAUCAGACUUUUGCUUGGGCGUGCAGAAAGCCUCGUCUCUGGUCGAUCCUCUCUGACGUCCUCUCCCGGCUCACAACGCCUCUCAGAGAGUGACACUUCGCUUGUUUCUUUAGGUCGAAACACUCACAAUGUCUCCUCACCAUCAGCUGGUGGCAACUUUUCCCUGCUGUUGACUCGCUCCUCAUCCGACUCUGCUUUAAAGGGAAGCUCUUCAUCCUCACGGGAGGCACAUCAACAGGCCACACAGACCAACUCAGUGACUACAGGGCCUGAUGCCCUCUCUCUGAGCAGAGAUGAAAGUUUGAAGUCACGUGACCUUUGCGUGACCCCAAGACGGGCUGAGCCUGAAGGCUGCAGUGCUGCAGACCCAGAUAAGGUGAAGCAGCCUGCAUCGCAGUCAGCCAUGCAGAUGAAUGCUUCUUUAAUGACAGGAAAAGUUUUUCAGAACCAGGAUAAGACUGAAAAUACUCUUGUUGGCUUUUCUGAGAGUAGUUUAUCCCAUUCCUCAGCUGACAGUGACAGCAGCAGUGACAGUUCAUUGGCUGCUAGAGUUGCCAAGCUGCUGCAGAGCGAGUCACCUGUUUCUGUGGUUACAAGCCGGCCAAGCACCGCUGACCCAGAAGAUAGCCGUGCACGAGAAUGGAUCCUAAUGAAGGUUUCUGGUCGUCAAUGUGAAAGUUUAGAACUAAAUCCUGAAGACAGAAAGAGAAUUGAAGACAUCAAAAGAGAGCUUCUGCUGAACACCCAACACACCAAGUGGAGCUCAGAUUCUGAGGGCAGCGCUCAGUCCAGUGUUGGUGCCGGAUCUGGGAAAGGUUUUGUUGCUGUACACAGCAUGGAUAGUCAUGCCUCAGAUCAGCUACAGAGAGGUAUCCAGAAACCUUUGGACUCCAGUGUUUUGCAUUACACCGCUAAACAACAGGAUCUGGAAGCCAAAGUUCACCAGAUUGCUCUCAGAGAGGGGUUUAGCCUCCCGUCUUUAACUUCUAUUUCUAUUGCGACCAGUCAACAUACUUCGUCUCCACAGUUGCCAUCAGAUCACCCUAUCACAGGUACUAUUGAACUAGGUAAUGCUGGUGGCAGGCAUGAGACAUUGCAGCACAAUGUCCACCACAAAGAAAUGGAUACUAAUCUUGAAAUAGCUUAUCCACAACAGAGACAUCAAUCAGUCAUAAUCCCAAAUGUAUCUGAUGGAGAGAAACAGAUAGAGGGUGGAGGCGAACCUAAAGAGGAGAAUGAAGAUGCAACAGCUGAUGAUAACAAGGAGAAUGUUAUAAAGAAUGAUUCUCACAUUGAUUAUAUAGUCACUGGCAGAAACCAGAUUAUGUCUAGUGAUGUGUCAGGCGCAACCCCUCCCAAUUGGUCCCGUCUCUCCCUCCAACCCGUCACCUUAUCAUCCAGACCAGAACACCAGUCCCAUUCUGUCAAAUAUCACUCAAGCAGAUUGUCUAAUCAGAACAGCUUAAAAGAUGUCCUGCCCCAAAUACACUCCUCCUUAAUGUCAUGCAGUACAGAUGAACAACGGUUCACUUACGUAAACUCAAUAUCAAAUCAAGCCAGAUCAUAUGAGCCCAAAAAACUGGAUGAAGGCCAGAAUGAAGAAAGAGUCAAUCCACACCUGCAAGCCAGAUACCCUCGAACCAUUACUCCCACUGAGAGUCUGACUGGGACAUCCAGAACCCUCACUGUCCAAGCACCAGCUGUGCCUACACUGUUGCCAUACAAACCUCAUGGUAGCUCCGAGCUGUUCUACGUCCCGCAAGCCGAUCCAGAUCGCUCUGACACAACCAUAGAGAGCUCCCAUCCAGGAUCCGAUGACGCAGUGCCACCGCACUUCAAUAUAGAGAUUUUGGGCUCUAGAGAGUUAGAAGACAAUGCAGUUGUGCCAAAACAUAAGGAAGGCAUCUACAGUAAGAGGUCAAGUGUAAAGAGAGUCUCCUCCAGUGUGUCUAAAAGUGGUCUUCUUGAAUCAGUAGUCACCUCUGGGCGGUAUAACGGCACUGCUCCUGAACCUUCUGAUGUCUCUAAAAGAGACAUGGCUGAUGAAGAUAAUUUUGUCCCUUUGCACAUGGAAGCAGACUACAGCACAGAUGAUUUGCACCUCCAUAACCUCCAUACCAUGCAUCUGCCUUCUCAACCAAUCAGAACGUCUGGACUGAACAAGAACAGGCAGGACAGAAGGCCUCAUGACGUUAGUAUGGAGAUUAACAGUUCUCUGGACCAACUUUGGCGUCGCUUCAAUGAAAAAUGGAGCGUGGAAGAUACCCGACCCACAAAUUAUGGAGACACUUCUUUGCUUGAUAGACUAGAGCGUCUAUCACGUCUCAUUCACAGUACCACUCCAACAGACAAAACUGUCAAACAACCAGACAGCACCAGUAGAGGAGGUGAAAUAAGAAGUGAUGAAGAUGAGGGACUGAGAACUGGGGAAAAAGUAGCAAGGGAAAGAAUACAGUUUUCACGACAAGCAUGGGCUGAGAAGGAGGAGAAUGCAGAGAGCAUGCGGCGCUGUCCUGCUGAAAGAGACGAGUCCAUGGAAACAAGCAGUAGCCUGUCAACCAUUGACACAGAGCGACUGCUCCGAGCUUUCGGACAUCGCCGUGUCACCAGUAAAGGACUGCCAAGCACUGAACGCUUGCUCAGACUCCACAAUAAACAGAAAAUAGGCAGAAGGAAACCCAGCACAAAACACGCUACUGUGUCCGUUGCUACAGAGACCGUCAGCACGGAUGACUCCACGGCAUCUGCUGAUUAUUUGUCGUCUUCAAGCACUAUCUCCAUUACCUCUCAAAGAGAUGCAUCUACUAAAAAACCAAAGGUCAAACUGCUCAGCAAAAGUGUACAAGCAGGUGAUUUGGAAAUUGUGAUAAACGGCACACGCAGACACACUCGUGAUGUAGGCACCAUCUUUCCCUCUCCUGGUGCUUCAAGUAAUGCCCAUACGUCAAAUCCACUUAGCAGGAGUGUUCAAGGAAUUCCAGUUCCCACUACGUCGACCGCUAAACCCACCCAUACUCUGUCAGGUCUGAAGAGGGACUCCAGCAGCAAACCCAUCGGGACCCGUUACCCUAACGGUGUGUCAUGGUUUGUCUCAGCUGAUGAGUUGAAGUCUGAUGGUCGUAAGGAAAACCAGCCACAGAGUGAAUCGGAGCCUUGUUUAAGCCAGGCCUGGUUUGAGCCUUACAGCAAAAGCCGACCCUGGAGAGAACCAGCAAUAAGAGAACCACUGCGAGAGAGACAGAUCCAAGAGGAGCAAGAGAGGCCAAGAGAAUCUAGAACAGCUAUAGGGAGUGAUAGCAGCGAUAAGUCCUCAGCUCUUGUUCGUCUUUCGCUGCAGGAAGCCUUGGAACUUUAUCGGCCAGGGUUUGUGUCUCGAUCGCGAGAACGAAUGAAGCGGUUGGAGUUGCUGGUUGAGGAGAGGAGGAUACAAACGGUCUUCAACAGAGAGAGAGAAGAGCUCUUCAGCUGCCCAGCACCAUCACGUCCACUUAGACCAGUUCCAGUACCCCGUAAGCGAGUUGUUCCACGGAGAGAGAUGGUCCAGCGAUCCAAACAUUUAGCACCGAACAAAGCUUACAGUCGAAGAAUAGACAAGACAGAUAGACUCAGGAGGAAAUAUGCUAAACUUCCAGAAGUACAAAAAAGAAUGGAAGAAGAGAGGAGACGAGCAGAGUACAGCUCCUACCGCCUCAAUGCUCAACUCUUUAACAAAAAAGUCACCAAUCGUGUGUUGGGGAGGAGAGCACCAUGGCAGUGACCUUAACUGAAAUCUGCUGUAACAGUGGUUUAUGUGGGGUAUUUUUUUUACAGUAUUUAUGUGUGUGUGUGUGGUUAUGUAUGAAAUCUGCUUUUAGGUGUGAGGUUUUAUUUAAUAAUUUUAAUAUAGUCUUAUACAUACUUUUGAGUUGCAGUGUUAAAUUAUUGUAUUAUGAUUUUACUAUUGUUACUAAAUUAAUAGUUUGAUUAUGUCUGUCUUUGCUGAAUUUUUGUAUAUUUUAUAAAGCAAAUAAAUAAGCAGUAGUUUGUAA